AUGGCUGGUGGUAAAGGAAAAGCAGGAAAAGAUUCUGGUAAAGCAAAAAAUAAAGUUAUUUCCCGUAGUGCCCGUGCAGGUCUUCAAUUUCCUGUUGGGCGUAUUCAUCGUUUUCUAAAACAAAGAACAAUGGCUGGUGGUCGUGUAGGUGCUACAGCGGCUGUUUACAGUGCUGCAAUCUUAGAAUAUUUGACUGCAGAAGUCUUAGAAUUGGCAGGAAAUGCAUCUAAAGAUUUAAAAGUUAAACGUAUAACACCAAGACAUUUGCAUUUGGCUAUUCGUGGAGAUGAAGAAUUGGACACACUUAUUAAAGCAACAUUGGCUGGUGGUGGUGUUAUUCCUCAUAUUCACAGAUACUUAAUGAAUAAGAAUCCACAACAACCACAAGUUCCGGGAGCUCCGCCAAUGCCUCAGUAA